GGCAAAGAUUCUAAAAAGCCCGAACUAUUCUUUAGGGCUAAGCCCAACGUUACUUAUAGUUCGAACGGAAAUAGAAAAGUUAUCCAGGUGGCAAAGAUGACAUGGCCGAUCCAAUCCUGACACUGAAAAUGGAUCCAAAAUCGAAAUAGCUUUCUCCGUUAAGCUUUCAAAAAGAAAAGAAAAUAUCAUGAAAUCAGUUUUUUCCAUUCAUGAAUUAAAUCAACAUCACAUUUCUUUGUGAUAUGAAUUUCGCCCAAAUUUAAUCAAAGCAUUCUGAAGGAAACUUGUCUGGCUAUCUUUCGAAGCUAAAACCCUAGAAUUCCCCAGAUCGAUUGCCUCAAUUUAACUCAAUUCGAGCAGUCGAGCAGUGUUGAAGCUUUCUCCCUUGAAACUCCGAUCUCAAAUUUGUUGAUUCCGUUGCAACUACAGUCAAUGCAAUGGUGGUCUGUAAAUGCCGCAAGGCGACGAAAUUGUACUGUUUUGUGCACAAGGUCCCUGUCUGUGGAGAGUGCAUAUGCUUUCCCGAGCAUCAAAUCUGUGUGAUACGAACCUACUCAGAGUGGGUAAUAGAUGGAGAGUAUGAUUGGCCGCCAAAAUGCUGCCUUUGUCUCAACGUGCUUGAAGAGGGAACCAAUUCUCCAACCACUCGACUGGGUUGCUUGCAUGUCAUACAUACAAGCUGCUUGGUUUCGCAUAUUAAAGGGUUCCCUCCUCACACAGCUCCGGCUGGAUAUACUUGUCCUGGCUGCUCCACUUCGAUAUGGCCUCCUAAGAGUGUCAAAGAUUCAGCAUCCCGCCUUCAUUCACAGCUUAAAGAAGCUAUUAUGCAGACUGGGUUGGAGAAGAAUUUAUUUGGAAACCAUCCUGUUUCUCUUCCCGUGGCGGAAUCCCGAAGUCCGCCUCCUGCUUUUGCCUCAGAUCCACUGAGGCCAAGUGGUGGGAGGGAAUAUCCUUCAGGGAUGUCACCCUCUGUUGGAAAAGAUUCUGAAAUUGUGGACAUUGUGGAAAUAGAAGGCCCUGGUUCGACUUCUGCAUCUCUAUCUAAUCAGGAAUCAACUAUAAUGAAAAGCACAAGCUCUCCUGGGGCUGGUGCAACAACGCGAAAGAUUGCUGCUCAAGUGGAAAGACAGAACUCUGAAAUGUCAUAUUAUGCUGAUGAUGAAGAUGGGAAUCGGAAAAAAUACUCAAGAAGGGGGACCUUGAGGAAUAAAUUUCUUAGAUCAUUGAUCCCUUUCUGGUCAAGCUCAUUACCAACUUUACCAGUGACUGCACCUCCAAAGAAAGAUGCACUAAAUGGGGAUGAUAUUCCAGAAAGUCGUGUAAGACAUCACAGAUCCUCGAGGAUGGAUCCCAGAAAACUACUCCUUGUCCUUGCUAUCAUGUAAUGUUUCCGGUGAACCUUAUUACUUAUUUUAUUUUAUUUUUGGCAUAUGAUUGAUCUCCGCUUCAAAUUUUUUAGCAAUGCCUGUUAGAGUUAUUUCAUUGAUACCCCUAUGGAUAAAAUCAGUUUUUCCCAAACACUGUUCGUUUUUAUCAGUGGAGUAUGAAAGCAUAAAAUCAGUUUGCUUGAAGGAGGAACUAAAAUAUAUCCUUCUUCUCAAAUUGGAUUACUUGCAAGACUUGAUUUAAUUUAUACGAGUCUUGGGUUUCCCUUACGAGGGAAGAUAACUGAAUCGUGAUUAUGCUUGGCUUUCUUUUGAGAAACUUUACUCAGUAAUAUAUAGUGUGUUCUCCAUGAAACCUGGCUUUGUGCCAGGACCUAUAUUUAGCUAUUUGGACAAUGCAUAACUGUAUUUCCAUGUUGUAGACCUGUAAAGUAUUGUGGGUCUGUCAAAAUCCUAUUUCUCAUACCAAAAGCUGUAAUAUGUAAUUGCUGGACUUGGGAGUGCCAUGAAUGUUUUCAUGAGUAGUAAGAGUCAAUUGAAUCAACUGAUAAGAAGUUAUAGUCUGGAGACUAUAAACCUACUAUCAUUUUGUAACGGGAAUUUCUCAAGGUGAAAGGUUAAAAGGAACUAAACUGUACUGGGUGCGGAUAAUAGGGAAGUGGAUGGGAGGGAGUAAUUCAAAGCCUUGAGGGAUCAUAAUAUUUAAUCUGAGGUCAAUUGAACAGAGAAAACUAAUACUUGGUCUAUUGGCGUCUCACACCUCAACUACUGUCAACAAAUGAAAUGGUGGCCUCUUAAUCCAUGAUAUCAUCGCUGGGCACUGGAAAUGCUUUUAUUUACUUUUCAUGCAUUAGUUUUAAGCAUUGAUAAAACCUUUUGAUGGUGUUUGGCUGCAGGGCUUGCAUGGCAACUAUGGGAAUACUGUACUACAGGCUGGCACAGAGUGGUUUGAGUGAGGAGCUACCCGAUGAUGAGCAAUGAUAAUUCUCCUUCCAGGGCUUGGAUGGCGGGUUGGAUGUGAACUUGAUUUUGAGUGUAAACUUCAUAGGCUCUUUGGAACCUUUUAUACCUGUUCUUUCUUGGCUCUCCAUCCUCAGAUUUAUAGUUGGUCUUCGUCAUUGAAUUAUAGCAGUCUUGGAAGUGCAAUUAGCUAUAGAAAACUGGCAGUGGCCAGAAAUUCGAAAUGUAUUUUCUUGUUGCUUUGUUAUAGUACCUUCUACUGGUCUUGUUUGUUGUUUUUCCUUUUUUGUUUAAAAUGAAAUACAAGAUGAGAAGAAGGUUCCUGUUUCUUCAAAAAAUAAAAAAAUUCCCCUUUUAAAUUGAAUGAUUCAUCUAUAAUUAUCAACUUUUGGC